AUUGCCUGACCACGUCACCAUGGAAGAAGGUUCCCUUCUAGAACCCCUUUCAGUAGGCGUACACGCUUGCAGAAGAGCCGAAGUUGGAAUUGGCUCCAUUGUUUUGAUUUUAGGCUCGGGACCAAUUGGUCUAGUCAGUUUGGCCGCAGCUAAAGCCAUGGGAGCUUCUAAGGUCUUGGUCGUAGAUAUCCUUGAAGGAAGAUUAGAAUUCGCAAAAAAAUUAGGAGCUGAUCAUGUAUUGCGCGUUGAGAAAAACGCAGACGAACGCGAAGUGGUUAAGCAAAUUCAUAAAAUAAUGGGUGUUAAACCUGACAAAGCUGUGGAUUGCAUGGGAAAUGAAUUUACUACUAGAAUUUCAAUUUUGGCAACAAAAACUGGUGGAGUUGCUGUAAUAGUUGGCAUGGGAGCAUCAGAAGUUAAGGUUCCUUUAAUUGAUGCAUUAGCCCGAGAAGUGGACAUUAGAGGAGUCUUCCGUUAUUGCAAUGAUUAUCCUCUUGCUCUGGACUUGGUGGCUAGUGGCAAAGUUAACCUGAAAGCAAUGGUGACAAAUCAUUUUUCCUUAGAGGAAACCAAGGAAGCAUUUGCUCUUGCAAAACGGUCUGAAGCAAACGUUAUUAAGAUCAUGAUUCACUGCCAGCCAAGAGAUGCUAAUAACAAAGCGCCUUUUAAAGCUUAAUGAUAAGGUUAAUUUUUUAUUUUUGCA